UGCAUGUGAGUUGUCAUAUAUACAAUAUUUUUUAGGUCUCAUCAAUUAAUCGCGUGUUACGAAAUUUAGCUUCACAAAAGGAACAGCAAGCACAACAACAAAAUGAGUCUGUUUACGAGAAGUUACGAAUGUUUAAUGGGCAAUCAGGUGGUUGGGCAUGGUAUCCGGGCAACACAGCCUCAACUGCGCAUCACCACAUUUCCUUACCUCCAGCUGCAACAACACCCGCGACGAAUUUAGCUAAUCAAAUUACUCGAGACGAGCUUCAAAAACGUGAAAUAUUUUCUGGUGAAAUUUCUCAUCCUCACUCCCACGAAAGUACCUCUGAUGGAAAUUCAGAUCAUAAUUCAUCUGGAGAUGAGGAUUCACAGAUGCGAUUACGUUUGAAAAGGAAAUUGCAAAGAAAUCGAACGUCGUUUACAAACGAUCAGAUAGAUAGCUUGGAAAAAGAAUUUGAGAGAACACAUUAUCCAGAUGUAUUUGCCAGAGAAAGACUUGCAGAAAAAAUUGGUUUGCCCGAGGCACGUAUUCAGGUAUGGUUUUCUAAUCGCCGAGCAAAGUGGAGACGGGAAGAAAAACUUCGUACGCAACGUCGUUCCGUUGAUCAUGUAUCUAAUAAUGAAAGAAGCAGUAGUAGAAAUCCAACUACAAUGAGCAAUAAUAACCAAGAAAAUUCUAGUCAUACACCAAAUGUAACAAAUAAUGUAACAGAAAAUUCAAAUGGUGCUGGCUCCACAAUUCAAAGUAAUGGAGCGGGAGCAAUUCUAGUUGAAGGCGCUCACACAACAUCUAUAAGUCCACCUCUUCAAGCCGUAGCACCACGAUUGCCACUGAAUACAGGUUUCAAUUCAAUGUAUUCUUCAAUACCUCAACCCAUUGCGACAAUUGCAGAAAACUACAAUUCUAUGACAACGUCAUUGGGUUCAAUGACGUCCACAUGUCUUCAACAACGUGAUAGUUAUCCAUACAUGUUUCAUGAUCCACUUGCGUUAAGUUCUCCUUAUGCGACACAUACACGAACAUCAUGCAAUCCAGCAGCAGCACAUCAGCAACCCCCUCAACAUGUUUACGGAAGUAAUAGUGUCACUGGAACUACAGGAAAUACAGAUAACUAUACUUUUGCAGGUGUUAUAUCAGCUGGAGUCUCUGUCCCGGUACAAAUACCAACACAAAGUGCCAGUGACUUAGCAGGCUCAAAUUAUUGGCCACGAAUUCAGUGAUCUACAAUUUUCGAUUUAACACCACAACCAUUCACCAAGGGAGCUGCACAGCAGAUAGAUUCAAUUUCCGAAAUUAUUCCUAACGGAAAAUCCAAAGUAAUAGGAAACACGAACACGUCGCUAGACACGAUAUCAAAACCUUUUAAAUUGAAUAUUUCACCGCUUUUACCUGUAGUUAUAACAAAUCAUAAUCUGCAAGCUCAUCAUCAUAAAAAUUUUUUAUAAUGUCAAUCAUAAAAGAAAGACCCCACCUGCCGAACUAGAACACUUCAUAGCCCACCACAAACUUAUACUCAACGCAACGCAAAUGAUUAAACGCACAAUAAAUCUCGCAAUAAAAAUUGAAUUCUUAUUUAAGCCGCCGCGGAAACAGUAUCAGUUAAAUUACAACAAAUUCACUUUGUAUAAUUUUAAUUUCUUAUAAUAUUAUUAAGUAAAAU